CUGGCAUUGUCGGCGCCUUGGACUCCACUGCGAAGGCUACCAAACGAAGUAUACCAACCUAAAGUUCAGAGACCAGACCCACAAGUUCUUCACUUCAGUUGAUCAGGGCCGGGCUUAUGCGCCUAGCCCACGUCCACUGGCCGAGACCGAUACCUCCGUGCCCUUCUUCCUCAAGUAUUACGUCGGCAUGGGACGCAAUCUGGAAUCUGCGCGGGGACUCUUCGAGAUCCUGAUUCCCGUCUACUGCUCCGAGCGGCAGGGCUCGCCGCUCUCGCUUGCCAUAUCCGCAGUCGCUGCAGGGAUACUAUCUCUGUGGAGGCGUAGCGUUAGGGGCUUCCAAUUAUCACGGAAGGCUUACACCGAGGCCAUCGCGUGUAUGCGCAAUGCAGUAAACGACCGCGUACAACGGAGGAAUCCAGCAACCGUGCUGGCGGCGCUGGUGCUGCAGCAUUAUGAGAGCGUUGCCGCUGUAUACGACCUUCGCUCUCCCUCGCGGGUCCACCACAACGGCGCAGUGUCUUUGCUCCAAUUUGCGGAAGCGGACCGUAUGAAUGGGACGAACGGCGCAUACAUUCGGAGAUUCAUGCUUCAUACCGAGGUUUCGUCGGCGAUGCGCCAGAAAAGGCCCGUGCAGAGCAUCGCAUACUCGUGGAUUGGAGGCAAACGCUUGAUGGCUGCGUCCGAGAACCCAAGCUCAGUCCUUGAUGUUAUUGGAGUAUCUGUCGCUGGAUUUCAGGCCAAUUAUAUACGCCUAGUCAAUCAAGAUGGCACCAUGCUUUUGUCAUGCCAAGUUCUAGAAGAUUGGAGAGCAGAGGCGAAGCGCAUCGACAAAGAGCUUCUUGAUUGGGCACAAAACGUGCCGGACCAUUGGCAGCCGCGAAAGCUCACACCUGGUCAAGAUAUCGAUGAAUCUAUUCCUACCUACCGGUCUGUCUGUGAGGUCUACCCUUCUUGCCAGAUUGCCAACAUUUGGAAUCUAUGGCGUUUCCAACGCCUCUUACUCCUCAAGAUUACUGUCGACUGCCUCCAGAAGACCAUACACAUGUUUCAAGUUGAGCUUACGAAAGAUCAAGCCUCAGCUGUAGUUGACAACAUAUGCGAGUGCCAAGAGACUCUCCAAAGGCUGGUGGAUUCUGUGUGCUACAGCGUCCCCUUUUUCCUUGGCAAUCGAACCAGACAGUCAACCAUCACAGACUUUACCGACUCGGAAAUUUUGAUCCCAAGUCAUCCCUUACCAGCACCGGAGGGUAAAAAGAGCUUGAAUACGAAGGACCACGAUGCCGGAAGAUGCAGAGACGACCACAGGUACCCUAUUAUCGCCCAAGGUCCUUGGCACAUAAUGAGUCCGCUGAGCCACUUAUUGACCCUUUUCUCGGAAGACAACGGCCAGUUACUAGCAAGCUUUCUCAGGCCUGGGCAGCAGGCGUGGAUACGAGCACAAUUUCAGCGUGUAACCACCUUGCUUCAUCUCUCGCCAAAAGACCAUGGCGAGGACCAGCAGGCCUUGUUCGACGCAUCGGCUGGAAAUAUCAACACAGACAAUCUUGCGAGAGGGGUUCGGAAAGGCUUAAUAUUUAUGAGUGGCCCCUAAAGUUAGGGGCUUCCUAUAAAAUUAGUUCUGAUUUCACUUUUGUUUCUCGCUAACGUCCUUGUCUACGGACGAUCCUCGUCCUGCGAAAACUGAUGUCGACGCCCAGGAAGCUGGCCAGGUGAAUGAUUGUUGGAUAUCACUUAGAUCCUCGCUGGCGACAAGGUGAUCUACCACGGCGAUAAAAAUAUAGGCCCCGAUUCCAGUACAGAUAUGCCACCUAUACCAAUGCGUUUAGCGUCAUACGGAAGAAGAACACGGAAGAUUUCUGAAACGCACCACCCGUGAAGCUCUAGUACAAAAGCCCAGGGAAGCCCUAUUGCUUCUCGCGCUUUUGUCAAGAAUCCGCAGGCCCACUGAUCAAUCAGCCAAAGCCAAUACCCCAGGUUGAAAAUCGCUGUCAACGCCAGUUAGUCUCUUGGAAUGUUGUCG